AUGGCCUUAUUUGCACGUCUUCUGGGAUACGGGGAAGUUGGGCUCUGUGUCAAGAGAAAGCUCGAGGAGAAUCCAUACUGUGAGCCUGAAUAUCAGGAAGUAAAUAGACUGGAAAUGGAAAAUAUUGAGGCGUGCGCGAUGGCUGACCCGCCUUCGCUUGCAGUGCUAGGCAUAAAGAUUGAACUCUACGACACUCAGCAAGGCUUGUCGAACACGUUAGGCCCUUACAACACGUCGGUAACACUUGUAAAGCUAGAGGAAGAGUCGAACCUGCAGUCAAGCAGUGACCAGGAAUCUCCUCGACGGCCAAAACGCGUCAAACUAGAAGACACCGUACAGGACAUCGAGGAAUACGCAAAUGUAUGCACACCCAAGCGCUCAAAAGUGAAAAGGUCGUCGCCGAAGAAGCUCAAACCAAUACCGCAGUCAUUAGCGACGCCCCAUCCAGCCCCAGAAAAAUGGAGGGAUGCUUACGAUGCGAUAAAGGACAUGCGGUCCAAUAUUGUGGCCCCAGUGGAUAGCAUGGGAAGUGAUAGCGCACAAUUGGGGGAAAAGGAGCCUCAGAAUCAACGGAUGAAGUUCACCGAUGCUGCAGUCAAACAGCUGCGUGCUGCACUAGGCGGAAGUAUAUCCGUGCAAGGUAUCAUCGACGCGGAAGAUAGCUGUAUUUCAGAAGCAAUUGCCAAGGUCGGAUUUUGGAGACGGAAAACACAAUAUGUGAAACAGACAGCAAUAAAGCUCCGAGACGAGUUUGAUUCAGACGUCCCGAAAACGGUUGAUGAACUAUGCUCUCUACCGGGAGUUGGUCCCAAGAUGGCCUUUCUAGCGCUUCAAAUAGCGUGGAAUCUUAACCAUGGUAUCGGUGUUGACGUACAUGUCCAUCGAAUAACGAACCGUCUAGGGUGGCAUAAGCCUCCGACGAAAAACCCAGAAGAGACACGGCUAAAUCUUCAAUCGUGGCUUCCGACAGAGCUCCACCCCGAGAUCAACCAUCUACUUGUUGGCUUUGGGCAGAUGGUUUGUUUACCCGUCCGCCCAAAAUGUGGAGAAUGCACGCUUAGUUUGGCGGGUACAUGUCCGAGUGCGCAACUUGAAAAACCCAAGGCUGAAAAGUCGAAAAAGGCAGCCAAGCCCGUCAUCGAGGUGUCAUUAGAAGGAGCAUGA